UUAGUAAAGGUAAAAGUAUCAUUUUGUUGCAAUAUUUGUAGAGGCCCCCGUCUUCCACUGUUAUACGCGCCAUUCCGUCCCUUUUGCCCUCCUCUCAUCAUCUCUGCGGAUUCCCCGUUUUCUACAUCACUGCAAGGUUGCCCCACAUUCUUAGAGAUUCUUAGAACAGUGGCCAUGAAAGAGAAAGGAAAAUCAACCCAUAAAGAAGGAGACAAGCAUGAGUCUUCAAUCACAGAUCUUCCGAGCCCUAUAAUCUUUGAUAUUCUACUAAAGCUCCCUGUAAAGGGUAUUCUAGUUUGCAAGUGUGUCUGCAAAAAUUGGUUCACUAUAGUUUCUGACCCUCAAUUCGCCAAGCAGCAGUUUGCACAGGCAGAGCCCUGUGCUCUUCUUCGGACCUUGGAUUCAACACAUGUUCCAGACUCAAGAAUACUUUACUUGGUUGAGCCGAAAGACUGUCAUAAUUUCGAUCUUGGAUACUGCAUAUGUGAAGACGAGGCUGAUUUCAGAUGCGACCGUCAUAUGGAACUUGACAACAAAUUGAAGAUCCCAUUGCGCAAUGCCGAAAUGGUGCUCAGUAGUGAAGGGGGUGAUGCACAAAUGGGUUGCCGCCCUAAUGGCCCAAAUUUCAAAAUUGUGAAUUCGUGCCAUGGUAUGCUCUGUUUGUCUGAACCGGAGUCUAAUGAACCUGUGGCUGUGUGUAAUCCAGUCACGGGUGAGUAUAUAAGCCUUCCUAUGACUAAAAGGGCUGAGGAGAAAACCCAAUAUUUUGUUGAGUGUGGGUUUGGUUUUAGCCCUCAGACUGAUCAAUACAAGGUGGUUAGAAUGUUUGAACGGUGGAGUGGUGAUCCGGUUAUGGGUAUGGCAUAUUUGAACACAGCUGCUUCGGGCCCGAUAAAUUAUAGUAACGGGAUUGAGAUAUACACUCUCGGCACUGCAGGAUCAUGGAAAAGCAUUGGGGAUGCUCCCUUUUUAUAUUCUAGCCUAGCGUUUUCCACUUAUCUGAAGGGAUGUAUCCAUUGGCUGAUCAGUCUUGAAUUUAGUUCUACCGAUUAUAUGUUUUCUUUUGGCAAAUCUAGUUCUACUGAUUAUAUAGUUUCUUUUAACUUUGACACUGAGCAGUUGCAAUUGUUUCCAUCGCCUCCUCAUGAAUAUGAUAAUUCUGAUGAAGAUGAUGACAUCGGCAUGGUUGGAUUGAGUACAAAGCAUAAUGUGUCCAUGGGAGUGUUGGAAGACUGUCUGUGCAUAUGUGAUGCGAAUUAUGAUCCCAUUUACAUAUGGGUCAUGAAGGAAUAUGGUGUUCGGGAAUCUUGGACAACGUUGUUCUCUAUUGAUAAUCAACUUGAUCAGGGGUGGCCUUAUGGUUUAUAUCAGCCAAUAAAUUACCUGAAAAAUGGGGCAGUAUUGAUGUUUCAUUAUCUUAAAUGUGCUGUGGUUUGUUAUGAUCCCGAAAGACCAACAUUAAAAUAUCUUACGAUUCAUGGUGCUGAAUCAAAUUUUGAAGCAAUUGUUUAUGUUCCCAGUCUCAUUUCACUUAAGGACGCCAUCAUUGGAGAUAAUGUUGUCGUGCUGAACGUCAGUUCAAGGUAUGCUGGAAUCGAAGUGCAGGGAGAGACUAAAGCUCUUUCAUUGGCAGAAGUCAGGGAACCGGAACUUGAUUCAGAUUGAUGGUAUUCUGAUAACGAAUGGAAGAAACAUUGGUGGCAACCUCCUAAAGUUUGAUAUUUUGAAUCGGAGCUGUAUCUGGAGUUGCGGCGUUGAAGUAUAAGUUUGCUGCAACCUCCUAAAGUUUGAUAUUUUGCUUACUAUAUAUAUCUGGUGUUGUGGUUAUGGGAAGUGUAUUAAGUGCUUGACUGAGUAGGUCACAACAAUAUCACUUUUUGUGGAUCUGUAACUUCAAAUUUCUUGUGUGAAUGGAAUGUAUAUUAAGAACUAA